GCGUACAUAUCUUCGACACGAUGGAAGGCAUGAAGUGUCCCAACAACGCCGAUGCGUCGGAGAGCAGCAUGCCGUUUAUCAUGUUUGAGGUGUUUUGUGCCUGCACCUUGACGAUGAGUAGUUUCUUCGUGUACCGUUAUCGAAGACAGGCGGAGACCCGCGCCCAACAGCGCUACGAUAGACUCAGUCGUUUUGAGUUAGGCACUGACGUGUAAAGCGCUCCUUGGAUAUUUAAGCGAGUUUUGUUGAAUUUAUACUGAGCUCACCACUUUUGCGCUAUUCGAUGAUCACUGAAAGAAACGAAUAAAUAAUUGGUUUCUUUCACUUUGCUUCGAUGAUAUCUGCUCUUUGAACAGACAGUUAUGUAUCAGUCGUCGUUGUUCUUUUGCAAAGCUUUUUUCAGUUAUUUUCAGCAAUGGAGUCUGUAACGAAACCUCAUUGGGCUUAUUUUCCGCUCUGUACUCUUGCAGUUCACACACUCAGCAUAGAAAGCUAUAACGGUUACUUGCCAGUUAGAAAACAAUGUCGAUGUUUUCAAGACGAGUUUUGUAACUGGAACUGAAGUUACUAGUACAGCUAUUAUUAUUAUUAUUGCUACUAGCUUACGCGCGAUGUAUGUUUAUAGGCAUUUGCUUAGCUACAGUUUCCCGACUGUUUCCUUCAGUUUGUCCUCCAUGCUAUCCCUGUCCUUUUUUUUUUGUCACAGAAAAGAGAAAAUAUCUAGUGUCUUUUUUUUCUCCCCUAUAUCGAGAACUUCAAGCUUAUCAUCAUCUCAUCAGCUUUUGUUUUGAUCUUUUUUUUUAAGAACUCAUUUUUUUCUGGCGGGCGCGUUUCCUGUUGUCGUUUUAUUUUCCUCUUCAUCGUCUUCAUCGUCUGCAUCGUGAUCUGGUUUUCUGCGUCUUGGCUGCUUAGGCUUCGGUUCUCCCGUCUAUACUCUUUACGGUUCAGGAUUUUUUUUUGAAAAGCACAAGUUACGUGUACUCAUUUCAAACAAAGCAUAUUCUCACGCACUUCAAAGAAAAUGGACAGCCAAAACUUUUCUCGUGUUACAUACGACAUACCGCAGGAGCAGCUCAACUAUUUUGACUCACGGGCACGAUCAUCAGAGCGCACGGCGCCUUCGACAAACGUGCGCGCAGCGGAUGAAAACAGAGAACUGCCGCACUUCCGCGAAGCUCCUCAGCGUGCUCCCCAGCAAGUUUCACAACGUCAUUACGACGAUGAUGACGACGACGAGCCAAAGUUGAUUUCGAAGGGAGGCAGCCUUUCGGAUCAGUAUCAGCAGUUUUUUGGUGGUGCUCAGCCACGUGACGCCGGCGCUACGCGAUCGAACAACACCGCAGGUGCCCAAGCCGGCCAUCGCUUCCAAAGACCUAUCUCAGAAGGAAAUUCGAGUGACGCGAGUAGUUACACUCAAAAAGCGGCUGAAAGGCUGAUUGUGCGAGAAACCGCGCGACCUCAAGUGCGACCAGCUCGGCCGACAUAUCCUGCGGCAGUAAACCCACACAGCAACGAGUUCGGGGGAGGAAAUGAUACAGCCACUCGAGACACGGAAAGUGACGAUGUUCACCGAGGUCACAAUUCACCAUCUGCAACGACUCAGCGCUCCGUUACAAACGAACCGCGCGGGACGACAAUUCCGUCAAGCACCGCUGCUCGCGGAAACAGACGCCGUGGCUUUGAAGAGGAUUUACUUUUGACUUCGCAUAGCGAUUACGAACAACGACGUGGCGACCGUCAGGAGAAGCAACGAAAAUCUUCGUUUCUGAGUGGCACCCCAAUGUCGCGCGACUCGCGUUCUCAAAGAAGCGAGAGUAUCGCUUCAGUUGACGAUAGUGAGGCGAUGCAUCGGUUGCCACGUGACUACAAUCCUCGUCCCGGCGAAGCUACUUCUCCAAUGCUUCACCCAGCUGCACUGUCGCAGCCACAGCAACAUGUGAGGAAUCAGUCUCGCGUUUCGAAGAAGGAAGCUGACGAAGAAGAAAAAAUUCGUGAUGAAGAAGAAAACUGCACGUUUCAUCCACAGAUCAACAAGUCCUCCACACGGCGCAGCAACAAUGUUCACGAAUCACCGUAUCGUGGCAGUGAGGGAACCAAUCCGCCCCGCGACAGUCCUGGUGACUGUGAGGAAGCGCCAUACGACAAGCUCUACAAUAACGCAGAAAACAUACGACGAACUGCCGAAAGUCGUCGCACGCAGAAGAGGGUGGAUGAGAUGGCAGCGGAAAUGAACGAAAAAUAUGGUCCGCGCUCAACAGCAGUAAAUCCACGUCGUUCAGCGGCCGAACAGAACACAAGCUCAGAGAAAGUCUUUGUUCGCCUGUACGCCGACGCACAGCGCUACAACCGUGAAAAAACAGAGCAAGAACGACUUCUCGAACUGAAACGUCAAGAGGAGCGCAGUGAGGCGCCUUUUGACUGGAAUAAGGGUAAAGAGCGCAAGGAAGACACGAAGGAAGAGGUUGCAGUGGGCGGGGAAGCAGCGUCUGCCUCUCGACCACGGAGUUCACCGUCGCGACAGAAACCGUUGAAAAACCGAGCAUUUUUUGAGCGUUUAGCGCGACCUACGAGUGUUACAGUGUCUUUCCUCAAGCAGAAAGAGAUUGAAGAGCAGGAGAAGCAAGAAAAGGUGCAGCAUGCAUUAGAGCAGAAAACGUCCGAGAUGGAGGAAAUUGCGAGCUACGACUGGGGAAUACCGACGAAGAGUUUCACCUUCGCCGAUCUUAAGUCUCAGAACGCCAUGUACGUUUCGUAA